AUUGCUUUGGGCUCUACGGAGUAGUUUCCCCAGUUUUCCCUCCCCCACGUAUGCUCCCUCUACUAGUCCACCACGACUCUCACCAUGUCCCAGGUAGUAUAUAUAACUGUCGAGUCUCCCGACCGGGCCCAGGGAGACGGGAACGCCUUCGCUCAGGCAGAGUGGAUUCACCCACACUUGAUUGAAAGCGUGCACCCGGCCAAAGGUCGUCAGUUCCGCGUGUCUGGACCCGUCCGGAAAGGCGAGCAACUUCUCGUCGAUCACCCCUACGCAAUCAUUCCUGUCGUUGAUGAGCCGGCCUCCAACGACAACCUCCUCUGCAGCAAUCCCACUUGUAAUCGUCGAGCGAGUUGCCCUACGCGCGUGUCCUGCCCUGAUGCCUGUAUCACUGACGUCGUCUGGUGCGGCGAGGCCUGUCAGAAUGCUGACACCCGGCGCCACGCUUUUGAGUGUCUCUGGCUCAAGAGAUAUGCGGGCUUGAUCCGGGCCAAAUGGGGUGAAUACGACUUUGGCAUGUUGUGGCUGAUUGUCCGAAUAUUGGCGACGCGACAAACUGGUCAUGCAUCACCAACGACAAAUUUCGAACUCCAAGGGGAACAAGAGCGCUUCAAGCAGGGGUGGGAUGCCAUUGAAUCCCUGUGCGGGUCGCAGGAUACGUGGUCCCACGAACAGGUCAAGGCAUGGAGCACCCUCGUGAAGAAGUACCUCCGAAGCAGCUCGAUCCUCCCGCACGGGCUCCCAACAGACCGCAUACUGCAUCUCAUCUGUCAAGAGGAAGCCAACUCUUUCGGCCUCUACCCUCGAGAAACGGGGGUUUUUCCCCUCCCCCACCCGCCGGUCGACCGAGGGGAGCAGUUUGCAGCGGCUGUCUAUGCGGUAGCGGCUAUCGCGAACCAUUCCUGCUUGCCCAACGUAUCGCACAAGCCGGAUAAUCAGGGCCGUAUGGUUUUCACCGCAUCCCAGGAUAUCCUGCCCGGCGAAGAGUGCUGUAUCUCAUAUUUCGACUUGACGCGUUUUGGUGACUUGAACACACGUCGGGAGCACCUGCGUAAAUCCUUCCGAUUUGUGUGUCGGUGCGAGCGGUGUUCAUCAGAAGAGCCGGUCGAGGAGGCCGUCGAAUGGACGGGAAUGCCCUUGAUGGAUGACUAGACUCUGUUCCUGGUUCUGGCAUGAAUUUCGGUAUGGGGUACUUGUGUGAUUCUCAAGGACGCUCGGCGGUUUGGCGCUCAGGGGUCCACGACAUAGAGCUAAAUUUGAUAUGAGUUACGAUUAAAGCUUGGAUGACGACUGGAUUGAUUCAUUAGCGUUAGUUACAUUGCUCAAAAUGCCGAUAGAACAGCCCUAUUCGAGUUGCCUUGUUGCUGAACACGGG